GAACCAGUAGCAAUUUUCUCCUCCCUGUUCCUCUCUCUCUUCGCUUCAAUUCAAACCUCUUGAACCCCCUUUUCUUUUCUCUGAAGAAAGUUACGCUUUUUCUUUCUUUUUUCUUGGGAUUUUGUUUCUCCGGGUUUUUUUUUUUCUUCUUCUCCUUUUUUUUUUGGUGGAGUUAGUUAUGGAUUUGGAGAGAGGUUUCGUUUCGAGUUCUUCGGGUUUGUCUCAGCGUUCCUCGGCGGAGAAAGCGGCGGAUCGGCUGGAGCUUGAGGCUGCGGAGGCGUUGGCUGGCUUGGCGCAUUUGGCGAUGCGAGAGACCGCCGCGGAUUCCGCCGCCAAAUGGGGUAGUAAAGGCAAACGACUCAGAAAGCGAGUCAAGAGCGAGUCGCCGCCUUCUGACCCGGGUUUCAACCCGGCCGACCCCUUCCGAACGGCUUCAGAUCCCACCGAGGAGGAUCAAGCGAAAGCAGAUCAGCUUGAGCAGCAGGUUGUGAUAAGCAAUGUGUUUAUAGAAUCAAUAAAGGCUGAGCAGAAUACUGUAUCACUUAAACCAAGUCCUAGGUGUGCAUCAAGUCAUAAAUCUACUGGUGUGGGAAGGUCAAGACUGAAUUUAACUGAGGCUGAGAAAGAAGAGCGAAGAUUACGUAGAAUAUUGGCAAAUAGGGAGUCAGCUAGGCAAACAAUUCGCAGAAGGCAGGUUCUCUGUGAGGAGUUGAUGCGAAAAGCCACUGAUUUAGCACAGGAGAACGAACGUUUGAAAAGGGAAAAGGAGUUGGCAUUUAAUGAGUAUCAGUCUUUGGAGAGCACAAAUAAAUAUCUAAAGGCAGAGAUGGCUAAGGCUAUAAAAGCUGAGGAGGGAGAAGUUCCUGGAGAAAUUAGGUCAGUGCAUCCUCAGAUGUCUGCUCCUCCAUCUACAAACUGUCCAUUCUUCUUCUACAACCAACAUCCUUUUCCCCCAUUUUGCUGGCCUUCAAUGGCUCAGUCUUCUAACCAACUUCAGACGCCGCAUCAGCCCCAAACUGCCAUCAUUGUUCCACCAAAUGUUCCCAUGCCUGCUUCUGGAAAGCUUGAUCCAUCUCAAGACCCAGGAAACUCCACAAAUGUCAAUGGCUCCAAGAGUCCAUUUUACUUAGUCCCUUGCCCUUGGUUCUUUCCUCUUCCUGAUCAUGGGAAUGGAUUUCAUCCUCAACCAUCCUGUCAUGUGAAUGACUUACAAGAUGAAACAUCUGUAAGUAAUCGAUUCAGUGCUAGUUCUUCUACAAAAACUGUAGCAUAUAGGGAGAAUCAUAAUUGCUCUAUUGAUAUAAAAGUUGAGAAGGAUGCUUAUGGGUCAAUAGAAGAAGCCAGACUUAAUGAUCAGAAUAUUACUCCAGUCAAGUUUCCUUCAGAUGGAGGUGGGCAGUGCGCAGUAGUCCACCCUAAAGAAAAUGUCCUAGUUCCUACACCUGUAACUUCUUCAGGGGCAACAUUUGUUGUUAAACAAGAGAAUCUGUCAGAUUACAUUUCUAAUGUUGAGGCUUCUUCUCUAAGGGCAAGUCACACUUUGAAUCCUUCAACAGUGAAUAAUCAAGAACCAGUGAAUUAUGCAAGUAAAAAAGAACCGGAGGCAGUAGCUGCAGCUGAGGCAAGAAAGAGGAGGAAAGAACUUACGAAGCUAAAGAACCUCCAUGGUAAGCAAUGCCGGAUGCAAUGUUGAGUUUAUAUAUUCUAGUUCACAGAAGGCCUUAUAGGAACUGCUUUGUUGGCUGCAUUCCUCACUCCUCAGAUUAAUUGUCAAGGUCUGAGGCUUUUCUUCUGGUCUCUCUUUCUUUUCUCUUAUUAUUAUUUUUUUGGGUUGGAACAAGGGGAGGGAAGGUGUUCAUUGAAAGGGCAGAAAAUUCUGAUAUCCUGUUUAUUCUUUGAUUGAGCCUAACUACUUCAGGGCUUGGAUGAAAGAAUCAGAAUAAACACUGCCCCUCCCUCAUACAUUUUUUUUCUUUAGCGGCAAGGUAUCUCAUAGUAGAUGAGUAUGCUGUCCUUUCUUCAAUGGGCUUUUAACUUAGAACAGGGCAGUCAGAGUUGGCAUUGCUUGCAAAUGUUACUAACGUUCUGUAACUUAGAACUGCAAGGUUUUACCCCUCUUGCAGAUUCAACAUGCCUGAAGCAACUAUAAGGUGUUACUGUCUUUUCAGGUCCUGUUUCUUCCCUUCUUUUAGUGAUUUUGUAACUUGUGUUAGAGACCAAAAUUUGUCUCAUGAUUUAAGAUAUAAUUAAGAUGGUUAUCUCUC